UUGACUCUUCAAGUAUAGUCUAUGAUUUUCGGAAUAGCUAACUGUAUGCGUUCUAUCGUUCAACGUUAACUUCGCGGCUCCCUGAAAAGAGUCGGAUAACCUGUAUUUCUUUUUUAAUGAAAUAUCUCGAAAAAGAAUGCAUAUUACGAAUAGUUGUGAGAUUGACAGAUCAAAGAAAAUAACGAUUUUUUUCUCGAACAUUUAAAUACAACUUUGUAAUAACUUAGAAAUGCGAGUGUUGUUACAAAAGUUGUACAAGUUAUAUAAAUUGUAAGGAAUAAAAAAAAAAAAAAAUAAAUAAAUAAAGAAAAAAGAAGUGAAAGAAGAAAACGUACAAAGAAAAAGAUAAAGAAAAUUUUUUGUGUACAGAACCUACGGCUGUAAGAAAUAUUUUUAUAUAAGUGAAAUAAUCUCUAUAUUAAUUCUCUGUGGAAAAGUUUAUAUUAUAUUUUUUUAUAAAUCCACACGCGCAUUAAACAUAUACAUAUAUUUCAUAUAACUCAGAAUUGAUUUGUUGCGUUGGUGAUACUUCUUCACAUAACAAAUGUCAAAAAACAAAUUAAACUUGACAUUACCACCUGGCUCGAUUGAACCGGUUCCAGCUGUAUCCCCAUCACCACCAGUUCCACCACUGCCUACAUAUUCAGAACCACCCGUUAUACCAGACGGUGUAAUGGGCAAGAUGAGUAUCGAUGCUAUUCAAGAAAGAUUAGAAGAGUUGGAGAUGGAUGAGGAGCAAAGAAAGAGAUUAGAAAGUUUCUUAGGACAAAAAGAGAAGGUAGGAGAAUUAUGUGAUGAUGAUUUUGAAAAACUUGGUGAACUAGGUGCUGGCAAUGGUGGAGUUGUUAUGAAAGUUAGACAUAAAAAGUAUGGGCUUAUUAUGGCAAGAAAGUUGAUUCAUUUAGAAGUAAAACCAGCUAUUAAAAAGCAAAUCAUAAGGGAAUUAAAAGUAUUACAUGAAUGUAAUUUUGCUCACAUAGUUGGAUUCUAUGGUGCUUUUUACAGUGAUGGCGAGAUUAGCAUAUGCAUGGAAUACAUGGAUGGAGGAUCAUUAGAUUUGAUAUUAAAAAAAGCUGGUAGAAUUCCAGAACCUAUUCUAGGCACUAUUACAUCUGCUGUACUGAAAGGUCUAAGUUAUUUGCGCGACAAGCACGCUAUCAUGCAUCGCGACGUUAAACCAAGCAAUAUUCUUGUAAAUAGUGCAGGAGAAAUAAAGAUUUGUGAUUUUGGUGUCUCUGGUCAAUUGAUAGAUUCCAUGGCUAAUUCGUUCGUUGGUACCAGGAGUUAUAUGUCGCCAGAAAGAUUACAAGGUACUCAUUAUUCCGUGCAAAGUGAUAUUUGGUCGUUAGGUUUGUCACUCGUUGAAAUGGCUAUCGGUAUGUAUCCCAUUCCACCACCUGAUGAAAAAACGUUGGCAUCGAUAUUUGGCACACAAACAGGAAGUCAAUCUUCAACAGAGACUGCUGCGACAAAUAGCGAACCAACACCUGCUCAACAGUCACCUGGACAUAGCGCAGGUAGCCCAAGACCUAUGGCAAUAUUUGAGUUAUUAGAUUAUAUCGUCAAUGAACCACCACCAAAACUGCCAGCUGGCUUCUUCAGUGAAGCAUUCACAGAUUUUGUUGAUCGUUGCUUGAAGAAAAAUCCAUCGGAGAGAGCAGACUUAAAGACACUGAUGAAUCACGAAUGGAUAAAAACGGCUGAGUCGGAGAACGUUGACAUUGCUGGUUGGGUAUGCCGUACGAUGGAUCUUCAACCAACUACUCCAACUCGUUUAGCGAACGUACAAUCCUGAAUAAAUGUAACUCUUACAUACUUGACUACUUAUAUACGCGUUCAGUACUCCUAAGUCAGUUAUUAUUUUCCUUUCGUUCGAUUGUAUCAGGCAGUGGCGUUAUUUUUCUUUUUAUUAUUUUUACUAUUAUUUUUUCUUUUAUAUGUUUCUUAGACUAUCUCACCGCUUAUUGUUUUAAACAAUCAAAUGAUAAAUAAGAUUUUGAUGAAGCCCAAAGAUUAUUUAUACUUAAGAACGAAGUAUAAACUCUAUUUAUGGCUAUAAAAUACUCAACAACUAUGAUAAAUCCAUGUUCAGAAUCGCCAUUUAAUCGUAUUGAAAGAUAUUAAUGAAACGAUUCAAUUGAAAAGAAAAAGAAAAGAAAAAAAAAGAAAUAUGAUUUAAACGAAAGAUCAUAUAUGUUUGUACAUAGAGAGAAUAAUGUAUAGAGAAAAUUCUUAUUAACAAUCAUUAUUAUAUAAAAAUAAUUCAUCCCAUUUAACGCCACUGUUCUUAUAUUCGAAUGAUUAGUUUUAAUCUCUAAAAAAAAAGUUAGGAUUAUUCUUAUUAUUAUUUUUGGAAAGUAUGUAAGAUAUAUAUAAACAGUUUAUACGAUAUGUUUCAAAUUACACCGAUCGAUAUAGAAUGUGUUCCCUGUGAUGAUAUUAGGAUACAUAAAUAUGAGCAUCAGGUGUAUGAAAGAAACGAUUCGAAGAAUAUUAGCUAGGUCAAGUUAUUCAUAGAAAAUUUGUACCUGACAUCCUUAGAAUGUUAUUUACAUACUAAUACACAGAUACAAACACACAUACAAACAUAUAUCAUUGAAAAGACUUUGUUCCGUCGCUCAUUGCAGUUUCAUAUAGUUCUUUUAUAUCAUAUACAUACAUAUAUAUGUAUAUAUAACGAGGCUACGAUAAGAGUAUAUACUCACGUUGUAGACAUUAUCAAAAAAAAUCAAUUUUGAAAAAUAUCUUCCAAAUGAGAUAAAUAAUUUCUACGCUCAAAGUUAAUACAUUAAUAAUAAAAAUGAUUUCCUUUCGUGUAUAUGAUUGAUCUAAAUUAUUAAGUCGCAAUAUGAAAAUCUCUUAUAUAAAUAAAUGUGGCCUCGAAUGUAAAAUGUCAAAAGAUACAAGUGUUAGUGUGAUCUUAAAAUAUGUCCAUGUGUUCACACGAUAUAUAUAUAUAUAUAUAUAUAUAUAUAUAUAUAUAUAUAUAUAUAUAUACUUAUACUUAUAAAUGCAUUUGUCGUAUAAUUAUGCAACAAGUUUCUCCUAUGUAAUUUCAAUAAAUUACAUUCGAUAAACUAUCUUCGUCGCUUAAUGAUUAGCUUUAUAUUCAUGGACAUUUAAACAUUUAGAUACUAGUAUCUCUAUUGUCACACUGUAUACUAUAUGUUAUAUUUCAAGCCAUGUGUAUACAUACAGCUAUGUGUAUACAUAUACACAUACAGCUAUGUGUGUAUAUAUAUAACUUUUGUGAGUAUUACACGGUUAAAUGUAUUGUCAUCGGAUCCUUAAAUUUUAUAUAUAUAUAUAUAUAUAUAUAUAUAUAUAUAUAUAGGUAAAAAAAAAUAUAUAAGAGAGAAAGAACAGUGAUCUUGAUCAAUAUUAUGUGUACCAAGACAAAUUGCUUUAUAUGAUAAAAGCAAACGCAAUUGGUCUAUGUUACACAUACACAUACAUAGAUGGUGUAUAUGAAUAUAUGAGAUAAUGUAUGUAAUUCUAUUAAAAACGAUCGUACCUAACUAUCUCUCUCUUUCUCUCUCUCUUUCUCUCUCUCUCUCUCUCUCUCUCUCUCUCUCUCUCUCUCUCUCUUUUUCUCUCUCUCCGCUUGUCUGAAAGACGAUUUUCAUAGAUCCAACUGCAGGUAUAGGCAGUAUCAGCCUAUUCCGAUUUGGCUUAAAAUAUAUCGGAGUGUAUUACAAUAAGAAUGUUUACAAAACAUGAUGAACGUAUAUAUUUCGUUAAUAUGAAUAAAAGCGUAAGACGCAAGCCCCCUCCAAGAACUGAGAUGUUUCUUAAUAUGUUUAUAUAUAAUAAUAAUGAUAAUGAUAAUCGCGUAAUGCUGGUUAGCGUGGCAUAUGUUUAAUAAUAAAUUAAUAAUAAAUAAAUAAAUAAAAGUAAUAUAAGCGAAUAUUGUUUGGCUGUUAAAAUAUCAGGUUGCAAGAUGUAUCAUAUGUCGAUAGAAACAUUAGUGAUAUUAGUUUCAAGGUGCGCAGUGUGUAUUUUCAAUUUAAAUAUAUAGGAUCUUUUAUUAUGGCUCGUAUUAUUAUAAUAUGUGCAAAUUCUUCGUUGCAAAAAGAUAUGGAUAAUUGCAGUUAUAUUAAUUAUCUAAAUGUUAUAAUCACACUAAAGAAAAAAUAAAAAAAUAUAUAUAUAAAAAAGUAAAAA